AUGACAGAAUCAAUUCCAACAUCUGAAGAGUCAAAGAAAAUUAAUGCAAUAAAUAAACAAGCAAUUCAUCAAAUUUGUUCUGGCCAGGUGGUACUUGAUCUUGCAACUGCUGUGAAAGAACUUGUGGAAAAUAGUUUAGAUAGUGGUGCUACAUUAAUUGAUAUUAAAUUGAAGGAUUAUGGAAAGACAUGUAUUAGUGUCAGUGAUAAUGGGAGUGGUGUUUUAGAACAAGAUUUUGAAGGAUUAGGACUGAAGCAUUAUACUUCUAAGCUUCGAGAAUUCUCAGAUUUAACAAAAGUGAGCACUUUUGGAUUUCGGGGAGAAGCUCUUAGUUCACUUUGUUCAUUAGCUGAAGUAAUUAUUAUUACAAAACAUUGUACAAGUGAACAUGGUUUUAAACUACAAUUUGAUCAUAAUGGUGUAUUGCAAGAAAAAGAACCAUGUGCAAGAGAAAUAGGAACAACUGUACAUAUCAAAAAUAUAUUUAAAUGCCUCCCUGUGAGAGAAAAAGAAUUUCAAAGAAAUCUUAAAAAAGAAUAUACUCGUGCUAUACAAGUACUAUAUAGUUAUUGUUUAGUUUCUACUGACACAAAGAUAACAUGCUCUAAUUCUGUGACAGGCAAAUCUCCUAAUCUUGUAGUCAGUACUUCUAAUUCUGGUAAUAUUUUAAGCAAUAUUAACAUAGUGUUUGGCAAAAAAUCAUCAAAUGGACUCAUUAAAAUUGAAUUGUUAGCCCCUAAUGAAGAAACAUUGCAAGAAUAUAAUUUACCAAACAACGUAGUUGUGGAUUUUGAAUGGGAUUGUUAUAUUAGCAGUUGUGAUCAUGAUAUUGGACGCUCUGCUCCUGAUAGGCAAUUUUUUUAUGUAAAUGGCCGACCAUGUGAUCUGACAAAAGUCAGUAAAUUAAUAAAUCAUAUUUAUCACAAAUAUAAUAAUAAACAAUAUCCGUUUAUCUUUCUAAAUUUAAAGUUAAAUAAGCAUUCAACUGAUAUCAAUGUAACUCCAAAUAAAAGAACUAUUUUGUGUAUACAAGAACAUUUAAUUUUAGCAACUUUAAAAUACAGUUUAACAUCUAAAUGGGACAAGUUACAAGGAAAUUUGAUUGUAAAUUCUGUAGUAGAAUUAAAUUUUGGAGUAAAAAGAACAAUUUCACCCACAAAUGUAGAUCAACCAAGAAAAAGGUUUCACAAUUUAAAUGUGAUAUCAAAUAUAAAAUAUACAGAGGAACAAAAUAUACAGUGUAACAGGGAAAAUACGAUUGUUCAGUAUAAUAAUGAUAAGGUACAAAAUGGUAUAACAAAUCAGCUAAAAACAUUACAUAAUACAGAAAUGUCAAUUACUAUUCUAAUGAUAAAGCAAAAGCUUCAAGAAAAACAGAAUGUCGUACCCAAAUGUGUUAUUUCAAGUACAAGAAUUGAAUUUAAAGCACAAAUUGAAUCAAAUCAAAAUUCUAAGGCUGAAAAUGAAUUGAAAAAACAAUUAACAAAAGAUUCCUUUUUCAAGAUGGAGAUUAUAGGUCAAUUUAAUCUUGGUUUUAUAAUAGCUCGUUUGAAAGAUGAUCUCUUUAUUAUUGAUCAACAUGCUAGUGAUGAAAAGUAUCGUUUUGAAAAACUUAAUUCUGAAACACAAUUAAAAACCCAAAAAUUAAUUGUUCCUAAAUUUUUAAAUAUAUCUGCACUUAAUGAAACAAUAUUAAUUGAUCAUCAAAAAGCAUUUGAAGAUAAUGGUUUCUUUUUUAAAAUAAAUUCUGAAGCUGAAUCUGGUCAUCGUGUACAAUUAACAAGUAUACCAGUUAGUGGUUAUUGGCAAUUUGGACAAGAAGAUAUUGAGGAACUAAUUUUUCUUAUUAAAGAAGGUGGUAUAGAAAAUAAAGAAAAAUGUAUAUUUCGUCCAAGUCGAGUAAGACAAAUGUUAGCAUCAAGAGCUUGUCGUAGUGCAGUUAUGAUUGGUACAGCUCUUAAUAAUAAUGACAUGCAAAGAUUAGUUAACCAAAUGGCACAAAUGGAAAAUCCUUGGAAUUGUCCCCAUGGUAGACCAACAAUAAGACAUUUGCUAUCAUUAAAUCUUAUACAUAAAUGA